AUGGCGGCGGCAGCAGCAGCGGCCUUCCAGCUGAAUAUUUAUUUAUUUUUACUUUUUUUAAAAGCGUCAUUCCCUGUUCUAUAUUUCUUUAAAGCUUUUCCACCGCCUCUCCAGCUUGGGCGACUUACAAAACCAAACCACGUGGAACUUCAACGCUACGACGGAGCAGCCUCCGCCAACUUCGUGCCCUCCAUCGGGCUUUUGAACUACAACUCCCAUCAGCCCCUGCCGCCACAACAGCCAUGUUGGCUGGCUGACUGUAGAGAAGGAGGUGGCGGGAGCUGUAGUCCAAAACAUCCGGACCGGCGAGCGAAGGUUUCGAGGCGGAAGGGGCGGGCUACGGAGGCCGACGGAGGCCAAUCCGGACCGCCCGGCGCUUUUCCCGGCACCCCCCCGGGCGGGUUGUACACAAUCAUCAUGGCUGCCGCCUCUGCCACCCCCGAUUCGGAUGACACCAGCAUGGAUGCAGAAGCUGAGAAUCCGCCUCUAGACUGCAGGGAUGGCAGCGAUCCUCUUUCUGCUGAGAAACCUUUGGAGACUGAUGAUCCUCAAAGUGAUCCACCAGACCCACAGGCUUCUGUCAGCAAUGGCGGCGAUUCUGAGAUUGGGAAAGAGCUGGUUGAGCUAAAAAUUAUCUGGAACAAAAAUAAGUAUGACUUGAAGUUCCCACUUGAUAACACAGGGGCUGACCUGAAGCAGAAAAUCCACUCACUCACAGGCCUUCCACCUGCAAUGCAGAAGGUCAUGUUCAAAGGACUUCUACCAGAGGAUAAAACUUUACGGGAAAUCAAAGUGAUCAAUGGAGCAAAAAUAAUGGUGGUUGGCUCAACUAUCAAUGAUGUCUUGGCAGUAAACACACCGAAAGAUGCUGCUCAGCAGGAAGUGAAAUCAGAAGAGACCAAAAAGGAGCCCCUUUGCAGACAAAAGCAACACAGGAAAGUGUUAGAUAAAGGAAAACCUGAAGAUGUGAUGCCUUCUGUCAAGGGUGCCCAGGAGCGCCUGCCAACUGUUCCUUUAUCGGGCAUGUACAACAAGUCGGGUGGAAAAGUGCGGCUCACCUUUAAACUCGAACAAGAUCAGCUCUGGAUUGGCACUAAAGAAAGAACAGAAAAGUUGCCCAUGGGGUCUAUCAAGAACGUGGUGAGUGAACCUAUCGAAGGACAUGAGGAUUAUCACAUGAUGGCCUUCCAGCUGGGUCCUACUGAAGCCUCUUACUACUGGGUCUAUUGGGUGCCUACUCAAUACGUUGAUGCCAUCAAGGACACAGUGCUGGGGAAGUGGCAGUAUUUUUGAAGGCACGCUCACCUCUGGCACUGGAGACUGACAUGAACCUAAGGACACUGCUAGGAGAGGCCUGGACAUGGGUCGUCCUGGAACUUCUUAUCGAUACGAUCUCAAAGAGGCCUGGGAGGACGCCAGAGGUGGGGAUCUCUCGCCAUUAGUUUAUUUUUAACUUAAAAAGUGCAGCAGCAGCCUUUGUUCGGCAGCCCAGCUUCAACCAUAUUUAAAAACAAAAAGCAAAUAUGAUGAAAACAAUAAACCUUAAUUCACAAAC